AGUAGUAGUAGUAGUAAUAGUAGUAGUGAAUGGGGCUCAACAAGUAGUCUCUGUGAGAUACGAAGCUUUAUCACCGCUGAGUUUGUUCGUUUUAUAUCUGCACACCAUGGAUAUAAGAAGAGAUGCACGGUUAGAAGACUGGAUCCACUUCCACCAUCCUCAAGAAAACCGGGAUUGUGGCAGCGACUGAUGGAUGCAUUAAAGACUGAUCCCAUCACGUGUGAAGUGUCUUCUCUUAUCGUUGAUCGCAUUGUGGCAGGUAUCAGAGAUCAGGCGGAUCGUGUGCAUGCGGCUGCUGUUGUACUGCACCAUCUCGCCGAUCCCAACAACACCGCCCUCCGCCGGGAUGUAUUGGAGGGGCGCCUCCCACCAGAGAAACUCGCCUCCAUGCAGGAGAGGGAUCUUGUGAAUCCAAUGCUGCGAGAAAAGUGGGAGAAACAACGUUCUGAAACUCUUAGACAGAAGACUGUCGCGUUUGUUGAGCAACUCACAUCAACAGUGACUACUAUUUACACAUGCCCCUCUUGUGGUGGGCAACAAUGCACGCUGCGAGAACGACAGGCAGAUAAACAAAAAUGGGCGGGUGACGAUGCAACACCUUUUCUCCUGACGUGCUGCAGCUGCUCUCAUACCUUUAGACGGUAA